CGCAGCUUCAGUACCAGCGGCGGAGCGGCGGCCGCGCCAGGCAGCUCGGCGGCAUCCGUGCAGCGGUCGGCGGCAGGAGCAGCAGCAUGGCCGAACCGGAGGCGGCGGCGGCCACGGAGCUCCCGCCUGCCCCCGGCCCGGAGGGCGAGGAGAGCCACGUCCGCUUCGCCCGCAAAGGCGCCCUCCGGCAGAAAAACUUGCACGAGGUCAAGGACCAGUUCACCGCCCGCUUCUUCAAGCAACCCACCUUCUGCAGCCACUGCACAGACUUCAUCUGGGGAUUUGGAAAGCAAGGCUUCCAGUGUCAGGUUUGUUGCUUCGUGGUCCACAAGAGGUGCCAUGAGUUUGUUACCUUCUCCUGCCCGGGGGCCGACAAGGGACCUGCCUCCGACGACCCUCGGAGCAAACACAAGUUCAAAAUCCACACAUAUUCCAGCCCAACCUUCUGCGAUCACUGCGGCUCCUUGUUGUACGGACUUAUCCACCAGGGGAUGAAAUGCGACACCUGCAUGAUGAACGUGCACAAGCGCUGCGUGAUGAACGUGCCAAGUCUCUGUGGGACAGACCACACUGAGCGCCGAGGCCGGAUACACAUCAAGGCGGACAUUGAGAACGAGGUCUUGACGGUUAUCGUACGGGAUGCUAAAAAUCUUGUUCCGAUGGAUCCCAACGGCUUGUCAGACCCCUACGUGAAACUCAAACUCAUACCUGACCCAAAAAGCGAGAGCAAACAAAAGACGAAAACCAUCAAAUGUUCUUUGAAUCCUGAGUGGAAUGAGACCUUCAAAUUCCAGUUGAAAGAGUCCGACAAGGGCAGGCGGCUGUCGGUGGAGAUCUGGGACUGGGAUCUGACCAGCAGGAAUGACUUUAUGGGAUCUCUGUCCUUUGGCAUUUCAGAGCUGCAGAAAGCUGGAGUGGAUGGCUGGUUUAAGCUCCUGAGCCAGGAAGAGGGAGAAUACUUCAACGUCCCUGUCCCAGCUGAAGGUGAAGAAGGCAAUGAGGAGUUCAGGCAGAAGUUUGAGAGAGCCAGAAUUGGUCAAGGUUCAAAAGUUGUGGAAGAAAAGAUGCCCAACACCAUCUCCAAAUUUGACAACAAUGGGAACCGUGAUCGCAUGAAACUGUCUGACUUCAACUUCCUUAUGGUGCUGGGGAAAGGCAGCUUCGGAAAGGUGAUGCUUUCGGAAAGGAAAGGAACGGAUGAACUUUAUGCUGUAAAGAUUCUGAAGAAGGACGUGGUCAUCCAAGAUGACGAUGUGGAAUGCACCAUGGUGGAGAAGCGAGUGCUGGCUCUGGCCGGAAAGCCCCCCUUCCUCACACAGCUUCAUUCUUGCUUCCAAACCAUGGACCGCUUGUAUUUUGUGAUGGAGUACGUGAAUGGUGGUGACCUCAUGUACCAGAUCCAACAGGUUGGGCGAUUCAAGGAGCCCCAUGCUGUGUUCUAUGCAGCUGAGAUCGCCGUGGGCCUUUUCUUUCUGCACUGCAAAGGGAUCAUUUACCGAGACCUAAAACUUGACAACGUGAUGCUGGACUCCGAGGGCCACAUCAAAAUUGCUGAUUUUGGCAUGUGCAAAGAAAAUAUCUGGGAUGGAGGCACCACCAAGACUUUCUGUGGCACGCCUGACUACAUUGCUCCUGAGAUAAUUGCCUAUCAACCCUAUGGGAAAUCGGUGGACUGGUGGGCCUUUGGCGUCUUGCUCUAUGAGAUGUUGGCGGGACAGGCACCUUUUGAAGGAGAAGAUGAAGAUGAGCUUUUCCAGUCGAUUAUGGAGCACAAUGUGGCCUAUCCCAAAUCCAUGAGCAAAGAAGCAGUGGCCAUCUGCAAGGGGCUCAUGACCAAGCAUCCAGCUAAGCGGUUGGGGUGUGGCCCGGAAGGAGAACGGGAUAUCAAGGAGCAUGCCUUUUUCCGAUACAUUGAUUGGGACAAACUCGAGCAGAAAGAAAUCCAGCCUCCCUUCAAGCCCAAAGCUUGCGGACGCAAUGCUGAAAACUUCGACCGGUUUUUCACCCGCCAUCCACCUGUCUUAACUCCACCUGACCAGGAAGUCAUCAGGAACAUUGACCAAUCAGAAUUUGAAGGCUUUUCCUUUCUUAACUCUGAGUUUUUUAAGCCUGAAGUCAAGAGCUAAGUAGACCAUCCUCCCCCUCCCCCCUCCCCUCGCACACCCAUGGCCAUCUCCAUUUGGUCCCGGCUGCUGUCUGGUGGAGCCCUCUGUUGCAACCAUUAGCUGUCAUGCUUUGGAGAUAUAUAUAUAUAUAUAUCUUUUGUGGUGAUACUGGAAUGACCAUCCUUCAAAGACUUGAGCUGCAACUGAGUGUGGUUGCAUACGUGGCACAGGGGAGGAGAAAGAACGAGCAACUGAAGUGCUAUGGCUGUAAGUCUAAAGAUCAGGUCCUCCUGGAGGUUGAGCAGGCAGCAAGCAUUGGAAAGACCCACUUCCUUUAAAGUUAGUGAAACGCCUCUGGAUCUUGAGCACCUGUUGACGGUGCUCUCCUCUUCUCCUCCAUCCCACUCGGUUCUUCCCAAGGAAGCAGUUGGCAAAAGGAGUGGACCUGCUCUGGCUUUGCAAGAUGGGGCUUGGCUCAGCUCCCUUAUCCCUUGCAGAAUCGCUCGCUUAGAGGAUGCUGCCGCCUCCUUGUCUCCUCGCUUCACUUUGGUGUGAAACCCAUCUGGAGAGAGAGAGAGAGAGAGAGAGGGAGAGAGAGAGAGAGAGAGAUCUUUGUUAUUUCCAUGGCACCUGCAACAAUCACGAUGAGUCAGAACUGGCUGCUAGAGGCCUUUGGGUCCAGCCUGCGUUUAGUUCCCCAAACCUCAGUGAAUCAGUGAAGCCUGUCAGUAGAUGUUGAUCCUCCAGGAUGUUUAUUGUUCUUAUUCCCAGGAAUCCCAGGAGAUUGAGAUGGGGGACCAGGAGGGUCUCCAGAGUCUUCCUUAGAAGGAAGUCAUGCCAGUUAGAUUUGGUGAGGGAGCCCCAUGUGGGCCAUGUUUGAAGUUACACAGCCCCUUCCCCCUUCCAUAGGAAUCCCACAACAUCCACCUUCAGUUAUUGCCAUUUCUCAUGUUCUUCUUAACUAUUCCGUUUAUUUGCAUUAAUAAAUCCACACCUAAAAGAAGUCCUGGAACUGGAUCUGGCCUUCCUAAGGCUAACUGAAAAGCACAAGCAACGCACGGAGACAAGUGUUGCCUGGUCUCACCCGCAAUGCUGACGACAUCAUUGUAGAUAGCUGGGAAAGUUUCCUGGGGGAAUCCCUGGCUGGUCCCAGCACGAAGGACAGUCUCAGAUGGAAGAAAGGAGCCUCCUCUUGAGGGAUGAAAGAUACUUCCUGGCUUGUUCAGUUCAGAGAAAAUUAACCGGCACCUGAAAGGAUGGAGAAGUGUUGCCAAUGUUGGACCAGGUGACCUGGCACAGGAGAAGGUGGGACUCGGUGUUUCUGGAGAGUGGAGAAGAGGGGUCCCCGGGCUUUGUGGGGACACGGCUGCAGGGGAGGGAAAGGGAAGGGGCCAGGAUGGUCCUCCAAAGCCGGUCAGAACUGAGAAGCCCUAGUUUGGUUUUCAGUGCUAGAAGAGAGGAAGAUGGGAAGGGUUCCCAAGGGGAGGGGGAAUUGGCUGCUGGAACUGAGUUUAUGGAGCCAUUUCUCUUUCUGGAAUUUUUUAGCUCAGGUUGCCUUGGCCUGAUAAGGAGGCACCUUUCAGCCCAAAAUGUCACCCCUUUUGUCUCAGGAGUCCCCAACCUGGCCAUCAAAAUCCCCAUCUUGGAGUCAAUGGUCAACCUCGUAUCUACCAUUCCAUGUUAGUUUUUAUGUUUAAUUCGCAUCAACCCUAUGUGGCACCUUUGCAAUAUUUGGGGGGAGGAGGGGAGGGAGGUAUCGUUUGUCCAGCUGCCAAAUUAACAAAUUCCAUACGUCCCACCGUGCUUUAUCUGUGUCAAAAAUUUAGUAUUUUACUAAAAUUAAGCUGAUAUUUAAAAUCCCAAAAGUUGUGUGUAAUUUGACUGAAGCUGUAAAAUAUUUUUGGUUUGCCUAAUAUUCUUCAUAGAAUAAGAAAUAUUUUCUGUUGGAAUUUGAAGUUGUCUGUGUUUUUGAGAAAGAGAGAGAGAGAGAGAGAGAGAGAGAGAGAGAGAUCCUUUAAAGUUGGGACAAUGCUUACCUUUAUUUUUUGUUCUUUCUCACAUCAUGCUUGUGGGGUGUGCAAUUAUCAGUUUGAUUUUGAGUUGUUUAUGCUAUGCCAAUUUUUUCCCCCAGAAACAGUUAUAAAAUAAAAAGUAAAUCUUA